GAGAGUCGCAAAAAGGUCACAAUCACUGCCCUGCGCAAGUUGUACAACACAAAGACUCCCAUUACAGUCAUGACAGCACACGAUUAUCCAACUGGGUUGCUUGUUGAGCGCGCUGGAUUUGAUAUCUGUUUGGUUGGAGAUUCACUUGCUAUGGUCGGCUUGGGAUACGAAUCUACCAACAAAAUCACUUUUGAGGACAUGAUUCACCAUACUCGGGCAGUGGCUAGAAGCUCAAAGUGCGCAUUUCUAGUAGGCGAUAUGCCAUUCGGCACAUAUGAAGUCAGUCCUGAAGUUGCUCUUAAGAAUGCCAUUCGAUAUAUUCAUGAAGGAAAUGUAGAGGCAGUAAAGCUUGAAGGUGGGAUUGAGCUCAAGGACACGAUCAAGCGACUGACCGAUGUGGGUAUUCCAGUUAUGGGUCAUAUUGGUCUUACUCCACAGCGUCAGACAUCAUUGGGUGGAUUCAAAGUGCAAGGAAAGACAUUGGACAAGGCGCAGAAAAUGUUGCAGGAUGCAUUGGCACUACAAGAUGCGGGAUGCUUCUCUAUUGUACUCGAAGCAAUACCAUACCCGGUGGCCAAGUUCAUUACCGAUCAACUUAGUAUUCCUACAAUUGGAAUUGGCGCUGGACCCGAUGUAUCUGGUCAAGUCCUUGUGAUGAUGGAUAUUCUUGGGAUAUACGAUAAACUUUCACCAAAGUUUUCAAAAGUGUAUGCCAAUAUUGGCGAGCAGGCGGUUACUGGAUUAUCAACAUUUAUUGACGAUGUCCGUGGAAGCAAAUUUCCUGUAAUAGGACUGCAUACAUACAAGAUGGCUGCAAGUGAGGAGGAGCGAUUCAAGGAAUGGGUUGCUAUUUACGAGUCGUCGAUUAAAAGCUAGUUGCUAUCAUGCUCAAUGAGUUUCUAUGUAAUUUUAUAGUGAAUCAAUCGGUUGCAAUGUACAGCUACUUGAGCUACAAUGGAUUGGGUCGAUACUACUGAUCUAAUUACAAAGUUGGUUAUAUUUCUUGCCAAUUCAAAAAUAUAACCAACACAUGCCUCGCUACCAAAUUUUAUGGAAAGCAAACCUUGCUGGUAUAACCAACAUUGUGCCCGCAGACAAGCAGGCAUAUGACUGGCGCUUCAAGUUUACAUGCACAAAGUGCCGAGAGCCUACAGAUAGCAUCGUCAAUGUGAAUGGCACAGAGCUGAUUGAAAUGACAAAUAGUCGAGGAUCUACCAACUUGAUGAUGAGGUGCAAGUUCUGUAAAGCAGAAGGAUCUGUUGAUCUGGAACUUGAUACUCUUAAACCAUAUACUCUUGAGCAGAGUGGUAAAUUUGGACCUUUGAUUAUUAUUGAAGGCCGUGGAUGGGAACCCACUGAGUGGAUUCCAGCUGAUGGUUUUAAAGCAGAAGGAGCCGAGACUGGAACCAAGUUUGAGGAUAUCGAUCUAGCAGAUCGAGAAUGGUCAGAAUAUGAUGAAAAGGCAGGAGAAGCAGUUGAGAUCUUGGAAAUAGAAUCCAACGUAAUCAAGGCCAAAUAAAUUGUUGGAUAAGCUGCAU